UCUUUGUUUGGAUAAUUAUGAUAUUACUGCUGAUGGUAUUCAAGAUCUUAUUAUAGGACGAGGAGAUGGUAUGGUAGAAGUUUAUAGUUAUGAUGAAGCUGAAGAACCAAUGUUCCGUUAUGCUUAUAAUUGUGGAGAAAGUGUAACUUCUGUGAAUGGUGGAAAAGUUGGAAACCCAGGCUAUGAUGAAAUUUUAGUGACCACUUAUACAGGAUGGUUAUUUGGACUGUCAACAGAGCCAGCAAAUAAACGUCUUGACCCUAACUUUUUAUUAGUUUCUGAAGAAUCAGCUCAGAAAAUAUGUAAACUGAGGGAAGAAGUUGAAGAAUUGCAGCAGCGUGUACUUAAAGAAAGAGAAAAAUAUCAAUUAGCAGCACAGUCUGAAUUUGGGGGAGUAUCUGCUGUGCCUUUCUUCAAAAUAAAUGAUCAAUUUAAUCUUAAUCAUGAAGAUGCAUCAUAUCUUCUUACCCUUGAAGUUCAAACAGCAAUUGAUAAUGUUUUAAUUCAGAGUAAUGUGCCUGUUGAUCUUUUGGAUAGUGAAAGAAAUUCAGCAGUUGUUAGCUACAGUUCGUGUGAUAUAGAAAAUGGUAAUUUUUUGUUAGCAACAUACCGAUGCCAAGCUAAUACUACAAGACUGGAAAUUAAAAUAAGAUCUAUUGAAGGUCAAUAUGGUGUAUUACAGGCUUACAUUACUCCUAGAUUACAACCUAAAUGCUGUCAAGUCCGUCAGUAUCAAAUAAAACCAUUAUCACUUCAUCGACGUACUCACACAUUUGAUGAUAAAAAGCCAUUAAACACACUUACAUUACGAGGAAUGUUUACAUUAGGAGAAAUGCAUGCCUGGAUUGUAUUCUGCCUACCAGAAGUACCAGAGAGAACUCCAGCAGGCGAUUAUGCUUCGUUAUACUUUGUUUCUACAUUUUUAGAUACUGUUCUUAGUUGUUCUUACAAGAAAGGUGAAGCAACAUUUAAAUCAGAUAGCAUAUCAACUAUUUCCAUUUUGAAAGAUGUUUUAUCAAAAGAAGCAACUAGAAAAAAAAUUUCUUUGGAUAUUUCUUGUGAUAUUAAUGAAGAAAGUAUUGCACAUACUUUAAAUUUGAUUCAUCCAAAAUUAGAAUAUCAGUUAUUGUUAGCAAAGAAAGUUCAAGUGAUUGAUGCCUUAAAAUUCUAGUAAUUA